GAACAGCGCUCCACCUGCGAAGCACAAGGACUGAAGCAGCCGCAACCAAAGCCAGGAAAGUUGGACAGUUUUCACUCUUCCGGUAUCGUGACAGAGAUUUUGGCUUGAAUGCAGACUUUUUUCUUCACGGAGAGCUGUGUGAAGCAGCUGUAAAUGUUAAAAUAACCGCUCUGCUGUGUGAACUUCUCUCUUCUCUUGUCGACGUAGUUAAACCUCGACACACAAUCAGGAAGUCCGGGGAUAUUUUUUCGGUUCUUGAAACGCAAAAGUUGAAUGGGCUGUAGAUACGGUACCUUUUAGCGACAAAUAAUGAGCAUUCUCAUUCUUUAACGCUUCCGGGUAAUUAAUUGGUGCGGUUUAUCUCACUAUUAGACUGUUAUUAACGUAUUUUAGCCGUCAUUCGUUACCCGGAACACCUGGAUUUUACUACACUAACAGGGAUGGAUGCUCCUCACCUCACUGAAGAUGAAAUGGCAGACAUAAAGAAAGACGUGCUGACCAGACUGCGGCAUUACCUCUGCGACAAGAUCAAGGCAGACCGCCACCUCGACUACCUGCGUUCUCGCCGGAUCCUGACGCGAGACGACGCCGAGGAAAUCAGCUGCAGGACCACGCAGACCAAGAGGACGGCCAUGCUGCUGGACAUCCUGGCCGAGAACCCGCGCGGCCUGGACGCCCUGAUCGACUCCAUCCGGGAGAUGCGCGCGCAAAACUUCAUCAUCACCAAGAUCACAGACGAGGUGCAAAAGGCCAAAAUCGAGAAGAUGGAGUCUCGCAGAGCAGGCGCCUCUAGUUCCUCAUCUGACAGCACCUUCGGCCCUUCAAGCACAACCAGCGACUUCCCCACGACGUUUUCUAACAACUCCACCAUGGUGCUCCACCCAGAUGGAGAGCGAAGUCCUUCCACUUCCGACGUAGCAGGGUCCCUUAAUCUGCCGUCGAUACACAGAGGUGGAAACCCUCCCUCUGUGGCUGGUGCUAGCGUCGCCGCAGCGUCCUCCUCAACCUCUUCCAGCCUGCCGAAGCCCGGAGACCCCGGAGCUCCUGCGCUGCCGGACGAGGUGAUGGUGGAAUCGCCCUCCAACAUAGACGCCGGAGCAGCGGGGUGCACCAGCAGCGGAGGAGAUCCAAACUUCCAGCCUCUCCGGUCGCGCUCGCUCACUCCGACAUCACACAGGAACAUCUUUUAAGUUCACAUCUCGGUGGGACAGUUACAGAGACGAACCAGCAGAACCCUCAGCUCUUACACAAACACUCUCAUUGUCUGCUCGGUGCCCCCCAUGCCUUAGAUCAGGCUGUUUACGAGAACGUGCUGCACAUGAGAUGUACUACGUAUUACCACAAUACCAGUCAACUCUGUAGAGGGAAAAUGGGGACAUGUUAUCACCGGGGCUGGGCUCAUGUUUCAGGGUCUCAUACUGGUGCCAGUUGGUUACUCUAGUUUUGGUGAAAGGUUAAGAUCCCUUAGCUUUGACAGUAUGAACACGUCUUUUCAACAAAUGUUUAAAAAUGAGAAGAUGUACAAGAACUUUAAUACUGGGUGUCCCUGAAGUCUGGACUCAAAGGAAAUGUCAUUAACUAUAUUUUUUUUGCCUCCACAGAUUAAAUAUUGCUUUGUUGAAAGAAGAAAGAGCUGAACUGUUACUUGUCAGCAGGCGUGAAGGAUGGACAUAUCAAAAGAUAGCAGAUGGAUUUAAUCUUUUCUACAAAUUAUAGUUGGAGAUUUCCCGUGUGUCCAGACUUUAGCGACACCCUAAAGGUCAAAUAUGAAAAAAAUAUUUAAAUCAGAAAUGGUCUCAUCAGAGAAUAAGAUUAGAAAUCUGUGCGUACAUUUAAUGCAAGCUGUAUCACCCAGUAGUUUGUAAAGAUGUAAGGAUAAAAUACAUCAUGGUUAGAUCUCAACCGAGAAAAUCUGGGCUCACCCUGUCUAACAUUUUCAGCGUUUUCCUCUCGUAUCAAAAGCCUGCUGAACUCUCAGGUACAAUGACACAGUAGCUACGGUUUAUGUGCAGUGCUAAUGAACUUUUGACUUUUUUUUUACACUGGAGUGACUGCUUCAGAGUGUGUAAUGAGCCGGUCUGCUUGGACCAAAGCACCAAAUGGUUUCUAGCUUUCUGCGAUGCAUCAAGUCAACAAGAAUGUGCUUCACAUUUUUUGUCACUACAGAAGUCUUGAAUCGCGUAAUGUGAAGCGCACACCAUGUCCUGCUUGUGUCUCCUUCUUUCUCUGGUUUUCUAUCAUAAUGCAAACUAAAGCCUUUAUAUAUAAGUUCAAA